AUGACUGCCGUUCAGUUGAAGUUUUCGCUGCGCACUUCGUCCAAUGUCAAGACGGUCCAUUUGCUGGGCUCGUGGGACAACUACUCGCGCCAGAUUCCCUUGUCGCGCGAUGACUCCAAGUCGGGCUCGUGGAUCGGCAAGUUCCGCUUCCAGACCUCCAUGCUAAAGUUGGGCCAGCGCUACUGGUACUACUACAUCAUGGACGGCUACCACGUGUCGCACGACCCCGCCGUCGAGCACACGGUCGAGCCCACCACCGGCCGCAAGCUCAACAUCCUCGACGUCCCAGGGGGGACCAAGAAGUCGUCGAGCUCGUCCGCCCCCAAGCACAGCUCGCGCCGCACCUCAGGAGACGUCGUGACGGGCCGCGCGCUCUCGCCCUCCAAGAUCCACCACCCGAAGCCGUCCAAGCCGUACGCGUCGCGCCAGAUCCGCGAGGCCGACUUCGCCCCCACCAUGGAGGACCUCACGCGCCGCUUCGCCGGCUCCCGCAUGUCAGACGAGUACUCGUACUCCAACAGCCCGCCCAGCUCCGUCGGCUCGUCGCUCUCGUCCCGCUCGUCGGGCAGCACGUCCCCGUCCUCGCUGUCGUCCAUGAGUGACCCGCCUUCGCCCAUCUGCCACUGCGAGCGCUACGGCAUCACCCGCAAGGGUGACCGCGUCAAGCUUGACUGCGGUGGCUCGCGCUGUGGAUACGUCACUGAGUCGUCUGAGGCGAGCUGCUCUGAGUCGGAUAGUGAUGAGGAGUACCGUCGUGCUCGCAGUGCUGUCCGUCGCCAGGGUAUCGUCGUCCGGAGGUAG